AUGGGAUGUAUAAAAUCAAAAAGGAAAGACAAUCUGAAUGACGAUGGAAUAGAUUUGAAGACUCAACCAGUACGUAAUACUGACCGAACUAUUUAUGUGAGAGAUCCAACGUCCAAUAAACAGCAAAGGCCAGUACCAGAAUCUCAGCUUUUACCAGGACAGAGAUUUCAAAGUAAAGAUCCGGAGGAGCAAGGAGACAUUGUGGUAGCCUUGUACCCCUACGAUGCCAUCCACACAGACGACCUGUCUUUCAAGAAAGGAGAGAAGAUGAAAAUCCUGGAGGAGCAUGGAGAAUGGUGGAAAGCUAAGUCCCUUUCAACAAGGAGAGAAGGUUUCAUCCCCAGCAACUACGUGGCCAAAGUCAACACCUUAGAAACGGAAGAGUGGUUCUUCAAGGAUAUAACAAGGAAAGACGCGGAAAGGCAACUGCUGGCACCGGGAAAUAAUGCUGGAGCUUUUCUUAUCAGAGAAAGUGAGACUUUAAAAGGAAGCUUCUCUCUGUCUGUCAGAGAUUAUGACCCUGUGCAUGGUGAUAUUAUUAAGCACUACAAAAUCAGAAGUCUGGACAAUGGGGGUUAUUACAUCUCUCCACGAAUCACUUUUCCCUCUAUCAGUGACAUGAUUAAGCAUUACCAAAAGCAGUCAGAUGGCCUGUGCAGAAGACUGGAGAGGGCAUGUAUUAGUCCCAAACCACAAAAGCCGUGGGAUAAAGAUGCCUGGGAGAUCCCCCGGGAGUCCAUUAAGUUGAUGAAAAGGCUCGGCGCUGGGCAGUUUGGGGAGGUCUGGAUGGGUUACUACAAUAACAGUACCAAGGUGGCUGUGAAAACCCUGAAACCAGGCACCAUGUCUGUGCAAGCUUUCCUGGAGGAAGCCAACCUCAUGAAGACCCUGCAGCACGACAAGCUCGUGAGACUGUACGCCGUGGUCACAAAGGAGGAGCCCAUCUACAUCAUCACGGAGUACAUGGCCAAGGGCAGUUUGCUGGAUUUCCUGAAGAGUGAUGAAGGUGGCAAAGUGCUGCUUCCAAAGCUCAUUGACUUUUCUGCUCAGAUUGCGGAGGGAAUGGCGUACAUAGAACGGAAGAACUACAUUCACCGGGACCUGCGAGCUGCGAAUGUUCUGGUCUCUGAGUCACUCAUAUGCAAAAUUGCAGAUUUUGGCCUUGCUAGAGUAAUUGAGGAUAAUGAGUACACAGCAAGGGAAGGUGCUAAGUUUCCCAUUAAGUGGACAGCUCCGGAAGCAAUCAACUUCGGAUGCUUCACUAUUAAGUCUGAUGUAUGGUCUUUUGGAAUUCUCCUGUAUGAAAUCGUCACCUAUGGGAAAAUUCCCUACCCAGGGAGAACGAAUGCAGAUGUGAUGACUGCCCUGUCCCAGGGCUACCGCAUGCCCCGCGUGGAGAACUGCCCGGACGAGCUCUAUGACAUCAUGAAGAUGUGCUGGAAAGAAAAGGCGGAAGAGAGGCCAACCUUCGAUUACUUACAGAGUGUGCUGGAUGACUUUUACACGGCCACAGAAGGGCAGUACCAGCAGCAGCCGUAGAGAGCAGGGAGACUCGGCCAUUUGGCAGGGAUGGCGCCCCAUUUAAAGAGAGAAAGUCGCAGCCACUGGUUGCACUAGUUAUUUCAUGCUCUGGGAUCAUCUGCCAUGCCUGGUUCCUGAAAGUGGAGGCUACAUUACUCAGGAAGAACACUCUGUGCUUGGGAAACUGUUCUGUUCUCUUAGACUGAAGCCCAUGGGGUUGCUGCUUGGGCUGCCCACAGCUGGCAGUCUUGCUUUGCUUGACCAACAUCUGAGUACAGCCUCCUGAGAAGGAAACACCUGCUCUCUCCAAAAAUGCAUCCAUGCUAGCCCUGUGUUCACAACUGGAGGUGUGACUCAACGGUUCAGAGACCAUUGCAGUGAAUCCCCAGUAGUAGCAGAACUAAACUAAUUUACUGAGCUAAAAUAACCAGAUGCAUAGUGUGACACUUCCUUGUAUUUUUUCUGUGCUUUGGCUUACUCGUUAGAAAAAAAUUACUAA